AUGCCUCGAUAUAUGAUCCUCAUCAAAGCUUCUCCGGAAGCUGAAAACUCAACUGCCACUGGACCCGAGAUCUUUGAAGAAAUGGCCACUUUUAACGAAGAACUUCAUGCAGCUGGCGUUCUUCUCUCAGCCGAUGGACUCAGUCCAACGAAGGAUGGCUACCGUGUUACAUACUCCAUGGAUGGUCCUGCACAGGUCACCAAGGGGCCUUUUGACGUUGUGAGAGAAGGGCACGUUUGUGGCUGGUGGAUUCUGAAGACUGAAGACGGCGAAGAAGCUGUCAGCUGGGCCAAGAAAAUUCCUUUCAAGGGGGGCGAGGUGACCGUCAGGAAGAUUGCUGAGCUGGAUGACUUCGGGGACAGUGUGACGGAUGAUGUGAGGCAGAGGGAGAGGAAACUCACCAAGGGCCUUGAGGAGAAAAAUGAACGAAAUUAG